AUGGGUUGGAAGCGCCAGAAGCCGCAAGCUGAACUGCGGAUUCCCACAAUCCCGACUUUUCCCUUGUCGUCCCCAAUCACAGAAGAGGUUGUUACUCCAAUUUCCUCGUCUCCGGAUGAGCGAGACAUGGAAAAGCUUCGUCCCUUCGAUCAUCUGGGGGCGAAAGUGUCCAGCCAGAACCCAUUCGCCCGCAAAGUAGAAUACGGACAACGGCAGGAGGACAGGGAGCCGGUGCGUGAGGCCAAUAGUUACUACUUCGUGCAAAAGGCGGCAGAGAGUGCGGACAAUCCGAAGCCAGCAGUCAAGAAGAAUACGGAGCGGCCUCUGGGAUUGAAUCUGGUCACCGAUUUCUCACUAGCAGCACCGAAACCUCGUGAUAAUAUACCGGAGGAGGGGUUCGUGGAUUUAAAUGAUCUCAAGGUCCUUUCAAAGGAAAGGGCAGAAGAAAGAUCGGCGCAGAAGGUCAAGGGCAUCCUGAAGAAAGGAACGAGUCAUGGAUUGCAGCAACUUCCUAACGAGCCUUCGAACCUGGCGAAAAGGGGAUCUUCCUUGUUUGACUGGAGGCCUAGCAGCUCACCAAAACAGAGAGGCAAGGAUGACUUGUCUCCAUCAGACCGGCCGAUAAUGAUUGGUUUCAGCAUGCCACGCGAAGAAACCACUACUUCGCGGAAAAGAUAUUCUAAAGAGCUUGACGUUGCAGAUAUCCAGCAGACGCCCCUCACGCCCUCAAUAGUUGUCACACCGGCAAAGGACGAUGAUUUUUGGGCAGGCUUUAGCCAAGUUUGCAACCCUCCCAGAGUCGCAUCUAGCAUUUACUCCCAACCCACUCCGUGUAUAGAAAAGAGCGAGUUAGAUAUCCCGCCUGUACCCGCCAUUCCGGCAGAGCAUGCAGUGGCUAAGAGUGAAGUUACAGACCAAGAGACGCUCAAAAGGCAGUCAGUGACAUCUAGGAAGCAACGUGCAUAUUCCAGUGGUACGGUCUUCGAGGAAGACGUUCAAUCGCAUCCAGGGCUUCGCUCAAGGUCAUACUCCAACGGAAGCGUUAAGAGAGCUUUUGAUCGUUUGAGUGGCAUCGACAAUAUGAGUCGAUUGAGCGUUAAUACGGAAGUUAAUAGACACCAGUCCCAGGGAUGGUGGACAUACCUUCUGUCGCCUUUAUUGGGUCGUUCCAACACAAUCACCAGUCGAAGAACAUUAAUUGACGCACAUCCACCUCCUGUGCCCAGUAUUGCCACCGAUUUGACAGGAUCAAGCGAUGAGUGGUGGGAGAAGGAGGUAUCGUAUUUUUCACCUGAUACACCCGAAACGACGAUAGCCAGUCGAGUCAUUCCUGUCACAACUUCCCGGCCUCCGUCAACGGUCAUCGACAAACAACCGUAUACCCCCGUGGAGAACUCGAAGGAAGAUAGCGGCUCAAAGGACGACAUGAGAGCCCCUCCCGAAGAAAACUCUACGAAACCUCUCUCUGAAGAGGCCAUUAGGGAGCCAGCACCUGCAGCAGGCAACCAAGCUGAGACCAACCCUUUUGUUCAGCCGGCUCAGCCAAGUAGCACCGUCCCGCCGCCAGUCACGAAUGUAUACAUUCAAUAUACCCCCGUACCGUCCUCUGCUCCCGGCGCUACUAUUGAACGAGUUGUACCCCAGUACAUAGUGGUUCCCCCUUCAAGCGAAGGGACGCAAAAGCAUGAAGAACAGCCCCAAGCACAACCGCAAUCUCCCGGUCCUGUCUCCCCAGGCUUCCAACGAGCAACGGAAAAGACAGGCUCAAUCCCUCUAUCUGACAUACACUCUACCCCGGCGCCUGCGUAUACGUCUCAUCGGAACACUCCCGCCACGUUACCACCGCGUGUGGAUCCUCUUCCGAUCACCCGGGAGGCAACGAUGAAUCCAGUUACAGAAAGCAAUAGAAUAGAGUCUCGACGAAGAAGGCUGGAGAAAGAAGAUGCGAUCGGUAGGAAAGCUGGUGGGCUUUGGCGCGGCAGAGGUUGUUUCAGCAACAAGGGAUGUUUUGGGAGACCUGGACGUGAAGGACGGCUGAGGCGCCGGUGGUAUGCGGCCAUUGCUUCAUUCUUCAUUAUCAUUGUCGUGGCCGCCGUUAUUCUCGCUAUAAUGCUUACCAGGAAGGGGGACGAGACACCUGUCCAGUCGCAAUGGCUGAAUCUAACCGGCUAUCCACCUAUGCCGACAGGCAUUGCUACAGUUGCUGGCCCCGAGCCUCGAGUACAAAACUCGGGCUGUAUUACACCUUCCACCCUCUGGAGCUGCGCCUUGCCCAAUGAACAGCAGUCAGACAACAAGCCUUAUGCUGCAAACCAACCUAAUUUUCGUGUUGAGAUUCGUUUUCGUAAUGGGACAUAUUCGAAUAGCACGACUGUUGCGUCGAAGUCUAGCAAAGCAAAAGCUUCUAGAAGAUCUGAUAACUUGUUCAGCCCGUCACCAUCCCCGCCAGACAUGAACGACCAGACUUUUCUGGGCAACACCACUGAUAAGAACAGCGUUCCCUAUGCGGGCGAAGAGACGCCCUUCUACAUGACAAUACUCUCCCCUCUCCAGAUGUCCACCUCCAAACUGUCACGGAGAUCAGACAGUGCGUUCCCUGACAUAGAAUCCCUCAUCCCAUCUCCAGACCUUGAUUCCGAUGGCACCGCUGCAGCCGCAAAGCUCUAUCCUCUUCCUGAGUCACAGCCCGUGCGGCUAUACAACCGCGGGCAGGACACCGAGCACUAUGGCUUCUACACCUAUUUCGACCGGUCUAUUUUCCUUGAAUCAUCUGCUCCACUCACGGACAGCAAGAACGAUGAUUCUACAAGCGAUGGCAACGGCGGCCCAAGUAAAGCACAUGCCCGAGUCAGGUGUACCUGGUCCCAGACACGCUUUCUCGUUCAGAUCUGGACUCGUCCCGGAAAGACCCUCCUCAGUAACAGCUCAUCUGGCAGCACAACACCAACACCCACCCACACAGGGACCAGUAACCCAACUAGCUCCAACUCCGCUACGGACUUCGUUCGUCCCGGUUCCUUCCCGUAUCCUAUAACGAUCACUCUAGAUCGGCACGGGGGCGCGAUAAAGAAGAAGAUGGUGUACUGCUACGGUAUGGAAUCAGAUCAGCAUGUCAACUCGACUGAGGUGAAAUUGCAAGUCGAAGAUCGUGGAUUCGGCGGUAAUACCAUCAAUCCGGCACCUGGAAUUUUUAAUAUGUCUGAUACCGCAUUGAGUGCGUCGGGUUAUGGGGGUUUUGACGGUGGAACUGGGGGCUGUUCUUGUCAGUGGACGAACUGGAUUUCUAGGUCGUAG